GCUGGCUGACCCCGCCCAGGUGCUGACGCGGGGACCUGGUCGCGGGACAUAGUCCGGGGACGAUGUCGCUGAGGGAUCGAGAACCACUGCUCAGGGAGGAGGAGGCGGAGAGCGAAGGCGAGAUUACUUCUGAGUGGAAGAAAGCUAGAAGGAGCAGUCACCCAGUCACGCUGACUUUUGAAGAAGCUGUUGAAGAAACAGGCUUUGGCACUUUCCACGUGGCGCUGUUGGUUAUCUGCGGGUGGGCGAAUGCCAGCGAUGCCAUUGAAGUUGUGUGUGUGUCAUUCCUACUUCCCACUGCACGCUGUGACCUUCAUCUUAGCACAGCAGAUAUGGGUUGGCUUACAGCAAGUAUCUUCCUAGGUAUGAUGAUAGGUGGAUAUGUGUGGGGAGUUCUUGCAGACCUGAAAGGCCGCCAGAAAAUUCUUGUCUUUUCGUUGGCGGUGAACGGUGUCUUUGGAGCUGUGUCCAGCAUGGCAUAUAAUUAUUGGCAGUUCCUACUCUUGCGAUUCAUUAGUGGAAUCGGUGUCGGCGGGUCCCUACCAGUCAUAUUCUCCUAUUUUUCGGAAUUUCAACCCCGGAACAAAAGAGGCUGCAUGGUCAGUGCUUUGGCCACUUUCUGGAUGGCAGGGAACAUUUUAGCAGCAGGCCUCGCUUGGCUGGUUAUCCCCAGGACUUCACUGGCUUUUCAACUGGGCUCUUUGCACUUUCAGAGCUGGAGGCUCUUUGUGAUGUUCUGCUCAAUACCUAGUCUAUCCUCUGCGCUUGUCUACGCUCUGGGAAUGCCUGAGAGCCCCAAGUAUCUGAUGCAGGCUGGUCGAGAGAAUGACGCCCUCCGGGUUUUCCGACGCAUGUUUUACUGGAAUAACCGUGGGACAGCUCGCUCCUUCUCAAUGUUAAUGACUCUGCAGGAUUCUGACCUCUUGCCAAAGGUUGAGCGCCUCCUGAUGCCUUCUGCUGAGAAAUGCAACAUAAAGUUUUACGACAGUCGGGCUGAUUGUUUCUCACACCAGAUAACGAAGGGGCUGGAUCCCAUCAGGAAGAUUCUUGCCCAGAAGCUUCGACUAACAUCAGUUCUUCUCUCCAUCAUCUUCUUCAGUAUCUCGUUUGGGUAUUAUGGUCUGUGGAUGUGGUUUCCUGAGCUCCUCAAACGGAUCGAGACCAGCGGUGGCUCCGCCUGCUCGAGUGUCCAAAACAGUUCCAGUGAUGAGGGUGCAGAAAAUCUCACCUGCUAUCCGGUGAAAACAGUGGUGUACAAAGAAGGAUUUAUAAUAGCUGCUGCCAACCUUCCUGGUAAUAUCUUCACUAUCUUACUGAUGGAUCUGCUAGGAGGCAAGCUGCUGCUUUGUGCCAGCCUGUUUCUCUCAGGUGUCAGUGUGUUCUUCAUCUGGGAAGUGACAACUAAGAUCCAGAGCUUGAUUGUGUCUUGUGUGUUCAGUGCCAUCUCAGUCAUUGCCUGGAACUCGCUCGAUGUCAUCGGGCUGGAAUUGUAUCCCACUCAACUGCGGUCAUCUGCCCUUGGGUUGUUCACGGGUGUCAGCCGAAUCGCCUCCAUUUUGGGAAACAUUGUGAUUGGGCAGCUGGUUGACAUGAACUGUGCUGUGAUCAUCCUGCUGGUAGCAGUAAUCUUUUUCAUUGGAAGUCUGGCUGGUCUCAAACUGCCCAACACCAAGCAAGUAGAAUUGAGUUGAGAGGAGUCGGAGGAAAGUUACUGGACUGUUUAUAAUUAGUGCCUUUACCGGUGUGUAAAUGUUUUUGACGCCAGCGGAGGCUCUGGUUAGCCCUUCCCUGGAUUGAGAUAUAGUGCAAUCAGCCAGGACAUAGGGAACGUUGCCAUGUUCUUCAGGGGGCAACUGGCCCCUCCUGCACACUUCCCAAUGAUACUAUUUUAAUGGAGAAACAUUUGAUUGGACUACAACAGAGCAAGUCUUCAGCUUCAAAAGAGCAUUGUCUGUACAGCAUUGAAGUAAAUGGGAGGUCAUACAGUUUAUGUGCAGUAAAUUAAUUCAAAAGCUGAUCUGUACCUAGAGAGAAUCACCUUUAGUUUCUACUUUCUUCCACCGAAUGAAGGCCUGUAAUAAUUCCCGUCCGUCCGUCCAUCCAUCAUGGAUAAAGACAAAGUGCGUUUGCACCUCUUCAGAAUGUUACAAUCUGGCUAAACCUAUUUCCCUAUAACACCUUGGGUGUUCUACAAGAGUCAGUACUGGGCCCACAAUUCAUCACUGGCAUCAGUGAUUUGAACUGAAUUAGGAGUAAGCAUUUUAAAAGUGGUAGACAUUGAAUUAGGAAUAUAGAGUUAAAUUUGCAGUAAGAUAAUUCAAACUUAUAUAGUCGGCAAUUUAUAAAUAGGGCAAAGAUACAGACAUGAUCAAUAGUAGUGACAAGGCAUCAAAAAGCCUCAAUUUCUGGAGGGAUAAAAUUGGAAAACAUAGGCUGCCCUCUAAAAUGGAGAUCAUUCAAAACUCUGCUGCCCGUAUCACAUCCCAUUCAUCCAUCACCACAGGAUCACUGACUUUGGCUCAAGCAAUUUUAAAAUUCAGUUUUUCCCAAUCCCUCCAGGGCCUUGCCCCCUCCCCAUCUCUAAUCAUCUCCAGCCCUAUACUUAAGUGGGCCAGAUUCUUAGUACUGACCUUGAACAUCUGUUUUAGUUGCUUCACUAAUGCCAGCUGUGUCUCCAGCAGGCUAGGCCCUAAAUCGAGUAUUCCCUGAGUCCUUUGAAGCUGCUCGUUUAAAACGAAACUUCUUUGACUGAGCUCGUGGUCAUCUGUCCAAAUGUCACAUGCGACUAUCAGAGGUAUCAAAGAAAUCUAAGUGAAAUAUCUCAAGGUACAUGAUAAAGAUAAACCUGACGUACAGAACACAGUUCAUUUUUGAAAGGAUGAGGCACUUAAAUAUUCACUGACACUUUGUCUUUCCUGCUGAGGCUGCAAGUUAGAAGACAGGCAAUUCCCAGAUAGAAAAUGGCUCCAGUAAUUAUGGGGGGGGGUGGACUAUAAGUCACUAAUAAAUACAAAGAUUUGUGUAAUGAAUGAGGGACAAAGACAAUCUUGGCAUAGGUCGAGGCAGCUCAAAACAGCAGCUUUCUUCAAAAUUCCACUUGAAAAAUUCAGAUGGUUAGUUGGCAGUUUGAAAAUCCUUCGGUGGGUAUGAAAUUAUGGCAUGUUCUUUGCUUUCUCUGAAUCUUCCCAUUUCCUGAUUGUUGACUGGUGUUGGGUUUAUCAGUUAUCACAGAAUCAGAAAGGACCUUAUAAAUAGGAACAGGAACAAAGGAUUUUAGUCACAUCAGAAGCAUCGGUUGUGGGUAAUAAUUAAAAAGGGAGCCUGGACCAGAUUGCAGGUUGUAAUAUUGCAGCAUCAUGAGUCUAGUGUUGGGCACUGACUGCUAGACAGGUAGAUGGAGGUGCACAUCAGCCACAAUCUAAUUGCAUGGCACAAAAGGAUUUGGCUGCCUUCUAUUCCUAUAAAGAAGGAACUAUACUAAUAUAACAUGGAUCCUGAUUAUCUGCAAAGACCAAUUAUAACCUUGGGAACCAGUGCUGAAAAAGUGUUAUAAAUCCUUGGCGGAUAAACCAGCCUCUAGUUUAGGAUAUGCAGGACUACAUGCAAUAAUUAACCUUGCCUGCAUUUCUCUUCAGGGAAGAAAACCAAAGAAUGUGCUAAUCGAAUGCUUGAAUAUGAAGUUACCUCACUAGCCAGGCAGUCAGCCCAUCCCUCAUUUUGUUUCUACUUUUCUGCUCAGGCAGGUCAGCAAUAGGUAAAGGGGUUAUGUUCAAAAACUCAACUUUACUUAUCCUCAGUAUGGUGCAGUCUGGCUUAAAAAACUUGUCUGGAUUUACUCAGACUGAUGGAUCAGUGUUGGGAAAACAGUGAAAUCACAUUAACUGGUUUUCACUCAACGCAUCAGAAAAGACAUCUAUGCUGAUUGACUGUAAUACUCAGGGUGAGGCUUUGUUGUGCUGGAAGUUUAUGAACAAACUUAUUUUUGUGCAUCCAAUGAUGGUCAUUCAAGCAGUCAUUCAUACAUCUGUUCGAGUCAUAUUGGACUGGACAUUAACUCAGUUUCUUUCUCCACGAAUGCUGCUAGACCUGCUGAGACUUUCCAGCACAGACUGUAUAUCUGUUUCUUGCUUUGCAACAAUAAUGGAGAAGCAGAGAAUCCAAAUGCCUUUAGACUGGAGUUAUUGUAGUGUAACUGCAACUUCACCUCAGUGUCUUGCUCCAGAGAUGGUAUCAGAAUUUAACUAUUUGUAAGAAUCAUUGCAGCAAGUCAAACUUGGUGUAUUCUGUAUGUUUGAUCAAUCUGUCACUGUAUAAUCUGUAACAUGCCAAGAAUAAAGUAAUUUUUUUCACA